AAAGAGGCAAAAAAUUAAUUUACACUCAGAUGUCGUCGUUUAUAUCGCGACUGCUCAAGUCUCCCAUAGCAACCAAGCGUCUCGUCUCACAGCUGACGCAAAGCGGGGAGGGGAAAUUCAGUGAAAUGCUGCGCCAAUUUAGUCUCAAGCGCAUUUUGGGCGUCUUCGAACGCAAGGGCGGUGUCGGGGAGCGCACCAAAUCCACAACUUCAGUGAGCAGUGAAUUAACGGAUGACAUGGAGCUGGCCACGGGCAUCUUCAAGCGUGAGUUGAUGCUGCGCCAGGGCGGCUGCACGGAUCCUUGGGCCAUGAAGCGACCCUUGAAGCGGGGCGCGGGCUUAGAGAAGGAUCCGACAGUCAUUCCAUCGGCAUUUGAUGGCCGUCUGGUGGGCUGUUUGUGCCUGGGAGAUCGAGUGCCCAAGUGGAUGUGGCUGGAGAAGGGUGAACCCAAACGUUGCGAAUGCGGUCAUUACUUUGUCCUCAAGAAUGUGCCAGCGGUUUAAGAGUCGAAGCGGAGCGCUGAACUGACAAAUCUUAACACAAACAACACACAAUUUGAACUGAUCUCAACACUCCAAACAAGCUAUAAAACAUUGCAUGAUAUUAUCAAAGAAAUCGCAUUGCGUGCAUUAUAAUUUAUCGAUCAUUCA